AUGGUUCAGAUCUCCUCGUUUCUCGUCGCGCUGGGUCUCCUUCAAGCAGGCUUGGGCGCACCCCAACCUGACGCUAAAGGGGUCCAAGGACGACAGGGCUAUUACUUCCAAAACUGGUCUGAAGGCGGCUCCAACAUUAGAUGUUCCAACGGCCAGGGAGGUUCCUUCUCGGCAAACUGGAACUCGAGAGGUGGCUUCGUCUGUGGCAAGGGCUGGAGUGGUGGCGGGGCUAGGACUAUCAAAUAUAGCGGGACAUACAACGCCACCGGACCAGGCUACCUAGCCGUCUACGGGUGGACUCGCAACCCCUUGAUCGAGUAUUACAUUCUUGAGUCCUACGCUGAUCUCGCACCUAAUGAGCCCUGGUUCAGCAACUUCACCAUCGAUGAGGGCACUUUUGAGGUUUUCACCAGCACCCGAGUGAACAAGCCAUCCAUUGAAGGCACGAGGACCUUCCAGCAGUACUGGAGCGUGCGUUCCGAAAAGCGAGUGGGCGGGACGGUCACAACGCAGAAGCACUUUGAUGAGUGGGCCAAGAGAGGCAUGAGAUUGGGUCGUCAUGAUUAUGUGGUGAUGGCUGUGGAAGGUUAUACUGCUACCGGCGGCAGUGGCUCGGCAGGAUCAGCCAGCAUCACCCUGGGAUGA